AUGGCAGAGAAGGAAGAUCUAUCAGCGACGCACGAGGAAGCUCCCUCUAAGUCGCCUCAAGACACGCCUUUUGUCGCGAGCAGUUAUGGCGAGACGGUCAAACUUGAUGGGGCCCAGACUAAGACGGUCUACAAUGCCGAGCUUUAUGCUGCUAUCGAGGAGACGGCGAUUGAGAGAUGGAGCAAGACCUCUAUCCAACUAUAUUUCGCAAUUUUUGUCUCGUUUUGCUGUGCCUGUGCCAAUGGUUACGAUGGUUCGCUCAUGGGCGCAGCCCUCGCUAUGGACUACUUCCAAAGCACCUUUCAUACUGGCCUAAGUGGUGAAAAGGUUUCGGUUGUGACUGCACUAUAUACAGUUGGUUCCAUGGUUGCUGCCCCUGCCAGCGCCGUUCUUUCCGAUAAACUGGGACGUCGCAAGUGCAUGUUCACCGGUGCUUGGGUUAUCAUCAUUGGGUCUAUUCUAGUUGCCAGCUCUCAUUCACUCGCCCAAUUCGUCGUCGGGCGUUGGGUUCUCGGCGUUGGCAUCCAAAUCAUGGUUGUCUCAGCCCCCGCGUACGCCGUUGAAAUCUCGCCACCACACUGGCGCGGUCGAGCAGUUGGAUUCUACAACUGUGGCUGGUUUGGCGGCUCUAUUCCCGCCGCUGCGAUCACAUUCGGGACAAACUAUAUCAGAAGCGAUUGGUCCUGGCGUAUUCCUUUUAUUUGCCAGUGUUUAGCCUGCAUAAUCGUCAUAUUUGCAGUUUGGUUUAUUCCCGAGUCCCCCCGGUGGCUAAUGGCCCACGACCGACAUGAAGAGGCCAUUGCUUUCUUAGUUAAGUACCAUGGCAACGGCAAUCCCAAUGCUCGACUCGUCCGUCUUGAAGUUGAAGAAAUGAAAGAGGGUAUUCGUAUAGACGGUAUCGACAAGAGGUGGUGGGACUACCGCCCAUUCAUCUUUUCCCACAGUGGCCGAUGGCGCUUCUUGCAAGUCAUCAUGAUUUCUGUCUUUGGACAAUGGUCAGGAAAUGGCCUCGGAUACUUUAACCCAACCAUCUACCAGUCGCUCGGCUAUACCUCGAGCUCAAUGCAGCUCCUGCUGAACCUCGUCAACUCCAUCGUGUCAGCCAUUGGUGCCUUGACCGCGGUUUACUUCACUGACCGGAUGCCGCGUCGUCCGGUGCUAAUUUGGGGAACCCUUGCAUGCGCUUUGACUAUGGCUAUAAACGCCGGCGUCUCCGAGCCGCUGAUCUCCGAAAAAGCAAAUACAGGCACAAUUAACCGGACCUUUGGUCAAGUCGCCCUGGCCUUCUACUACCUUUUCAACGUUGUCUUUUCGUUUACGUACACCCCACUUCAGGGCGUAGUUCCCGCCGAGGCUCUCGAAACAACCACCCGAGCCAAAGGUCUUGCUCUGUCCGGCUUCAUGGUCAACUGCAUCGGUUUCAUUAGCCAGUUUGCCUCUCCGAUUGGUCUGCAGAACAUAUCGACUAAUUAUUUCUGGAUCUUUGUUGGUUGGGACUUGUUUGAAGCGCUGUGUUGGUAUCUUUUCGCUGUCGAAGCGCAGGGACGGACGCUCGAAGAACUAGAAUGGAUAUACCAGCAACCAAACCCGGUCAAGGCUUCCAAGAAUGUAGACCAGGUCGUUGUUCAGACUGACGGCCGAGUCAUCGAGAAGAUCAACGACGACGAUACUUAG